AGACAUGUUGACGGUGAUGGUUGCUUGGUGAUUAGCAAAAGGUGAGAGGCUGUUAAGUUGUUGGUUGAAAUGUAUAUAUCGAUCUGGGGUUCUGUCUGGGAUGAAGAUGUCAAGAUUCCCAUCCAGAGGCGGCAGACGGAGGGGUCUUUAUACUCAGAUUCAUCGUCCCAGGAGCCCCGACCACCAUAGGAGAAUGUUUACUACCCAAGGCGUGCUGCGUGCACGCGUAACAUUCAAAAAUCAUCCGACGCUCGUCCACCGUCUCGUGCUCACACCUCGUCUAUGUGACAUUGCUAGAGACCUUUGCCUCCCUUGCAGGAUCCACAGCGCGCGGCCCUCCAGCGUGGGGGGAGAGAAUAGGAGGGGGGCGGAUUCAUGUAAAAGAAGCCGAACCGGGCGAUGUGGCUGGGCUGGAUUAUUUUCUUUUCUUUUCUUUGUUUCUUUUCUUUUCUUUUCUUUUCUUUUUUUUCCGCGUGGACCGCGUGUGCCGCCGCAAGCCUGGUCUCUUCGUACAUCGUACGAGCUUAGCAGCUUCGUACUUCACAAAGAUGAGCUGAAUUGACCAGAGGUCUGGAACUGGAAAGCCGAAGGGGAGACACCGCGAUAGGCAACACGCCAACACGCCAGCAACCACCCCAACACGCGUUGCUUGGGACAUCUUUCACCAGCCACGGCUCAGAAGGUCAAGGAGCUUGGUUUACCCAUGCCGUAGGGUCUCAUUCGGAUUGAGCUGUUGGG